ACGGACCCAAUAUCGAUAAAUCAAGAACAAAGCGACGAUGCCAAGUCCCCCGCAACGGCAAGCUCACUGCUGACUGGCAAGCAGGGGACUCCACUCGACACACGUAAGAAGCUCUCCACUACUGCCCGAAACAGCAGACGUCGACCCUCCGAAUCUUCAUCGUCCCGUCGCCGUCGCCGUCGCCGUCGCCGUCGCCUCCUCGAAGCUCAUCUCUCCGAUCUCUCUCUCGCCCUCUCUCUCCGUUCCGCCGUUGCGUGUCCGGUCGCCAUUUCCUCGCCCCAGCUCCUCGAAGAUCCCGCCUGAAGAAGAAGAGUGUCUGUUCCGUUUUGGUGUAAUUCGACGGAGAUGGAUUCGUCGGCGCUUCUGUUCAACCAGCUCAAGGCGGCUGAGCCAUUCUUUGUGUUGGCCGGACCGAACGUGAUCGAGUCGGAGGAGCAUGUUUUGCACAUGGCGAAGCACAUAACGAGCAUAACUGCAAAAGUCGGGUUGCCGCUUGUGUUCAAGUCAAGCUUUGACAAAGCCAACCGGACGUCAUCGAAAUCAUUUCGGGGUCCUGGCAUGGCUGAAGGCCUCAAGAUCCUUGAGAAAGUUAAGGCGACUUAUGACAUUCCUAUUGUGACUGAUGUACAUGAAACAAUUCAGUGUGAAGCAGUAGGAAGAGUUGCAGAUAUUAUUCAAAUCCCAGCAUUUUUAUGCCGUCAGACAGAUCUCCUAGUUGCAGCAGCUAAGACCGGGAAGAUUAUUAACAUUAAGAAAGGCCAAUUUUGUGCUUCCUCUGUCAUGGCGAACUCUGCCGAAAAGAUUAGACUGGCUGGGAAUCCGCACGUAAUGGUUUGUGAAAGAGGAACUAUGUUUGGUUAUAAUGAUUUAAUUGUGGAUCCACGCAAUCUCGAGUGGAUUAGAGAGGCCAACUGUCCUGUUGUUGCUGAUGUCACACAUUCACUCCAACAACCUGCUGGGAGAAAGUUGGAAGGUGGAGGUGUUGCCAGUGGAGGUCUUCGGGAACUCAUACCAUGCAUUGCAAGAACAGCAGUUGCAGUUGGAGUGGAUGGGCUUUUUAUGGAGGUGCACAAUGAUCCUUUAAAUGCACCAGUAGAUGGUCCAACUCAAUGGCCCUUACGCCAUCUUGAGGAGCUUCUGGAAGAGCUUGUGGCAAUAGCUAGGGCAAGCAAAGGGAAGCGGCAACUUAAAAUUGAUCUCGCACCAUAUCACCUCUAGGAGGACCUCGAGGCUUCUCAAAGGGUAUGUCAAUCUCAAAGUCUUAACUGUAGAAGUUUUCCUCUUGGGUGUUGAUUGAGCACUUUGAUGUGAUUUAGAAUCUCUCAGAUAAAACAACAAUUCAAUAAUUGGCAUUCCUUUUUCCAAAUCCUAUGUGGGAAAUAGACUUGCGGCUCUUCCUAGAUUUUUCUUAACGGCUUAGGUGCCUCGAAGCGAUCAAGUAAGUUCAGGUGAUCAGGUGGAAUGUCCGUUAUGGUGGCUCAAAUAAAUAAUCAUGCAACGUGAUGCUGUUCUUUCGAAUUGUCUUCUGGCAUUUUCUCCGCCCGGUUAAUCACCAAUGUUUUGUAUCUCCGUGUUAUUCCUAAAUGUUGUUUUAUUGAUUGUAAUCGUUUUAUUAUUGAUGAGUGAAACCAAAGUUGCUUUGGCUAA